UAAUAUGUUUUACAGGCACUUGCUCCGAAAAUCUGGCACAUUCACUGGCCUGGACUUUGCUGCUCCCGUUCGCUUCAGAAACGCCGACACCGGAAGCGAUGCAGGAAGCAUUCGCAGCCACGCCACCGGCGGCAUCUCGCCGGGUCAAGCCUACAGUUUGCGCGCUGGUGCGAACCGUGUCAGCCGUCUGCCCAAGGAAAUGGUUGGAUCCAAGGCAGAUCUUGCUGAAGCCUUGAGGCCGCAAUGGGGAAUGAGACCGUAAACGGAUCUCUUCUUUCUCCAUCGCCACUGCCAAUUUCGUUUUCCCUUUUUGACCUCGGUUUCUUCCUUAAUACCAAGGAUUCGAUCUUCCUUCCCUUGCGGCGGCUAAUAACUCGGUCGGCCAGUCAAGUGCUGCCACCCUCAUCAUCUAUAUUGUUGUCGUCAUUGUUUGGUUCAGCGUGUAAAUACAAGCAGGCGGAUUGUUGCCUUUCGUUGUAUCUUUUUUUCUUUUCACCUCUGAAUGCAGGCGUCAUGUCGGAGCAUUUUAUGGAAGCACAAUAUAGACAGUUCGGCCCUCUUCGCCUUACUACCCACCCAUAUCCACACACCCCUACGCACUCGCCGCAAUUUUCCUCGGAAUAUCUGCCCUUAUUUAUUGCAAAAGUCCAGUUGCCUACAGGGUUUUCAAGGGGCCAAUGUCAUGACGGACAGAUUUCUCAGUGGGUAAGGUUUUAUUCAACAAUAGAUUUUUUUUUUAAAUUCUUUCUACCAUAUACUUCUUAUUUUUACUCCCUUUUAUUUUCUCAUUCUCCGUUUCACCUUCAAUUUCUUUCCAUCUUUACUUUUAUCUUCUCUUUUUCUUCUGCUUCCACUCCGAAAAUAGCUUCCUCAUGGUUACCAGUUUACCUAGGCCGAACCGUCACCCAGUUAGACAAUCAAUAAGACUUUUUUUGUAAAACCGUCCCAGCAACUAUUUGCAUAGUUGAUUUAUUCUUUGCUGUUCAAGCGUGAGAACCAAGGCGAUCUGAAAUUGAAGAAAACGCCAACAGAGUAUAUGCUUUCUACUUGACAGAGAUGGACUAAGUUCUUUUGUUAGUUGUAUUAAGAUUUUGUAUCAAAAAGAUUGUUCUAGGCCA